GUCGAGCAGGAAACGUGGGACGCUGAGCUCUUCGAAAGACUCAGUUCCUACCCAUUCGAGGACGAUCAUGAGUUUGCACAUGGGCUCUCGAUAAUUCUCGGCCACCCUGAAAUGCCUGCGUCAAAGGCCGAGAUCGACCGGGACGAUAAUGUUACGUUACAGGCUAAAUGUUUCUACUUCUCGAGGAAAGAGAAACUCCCCACUCCCGUGAACGUUGGAAAUUACCAACUAUGGUUGCAAGCCAGACCCACAGCAGCUGAAGCUGCUGGUCCUACAAACCAGCAGCAACUCAACAGUGUGGUAUCUGAAGACAGUGCAAAUGCGCCAUUGAAGCAAGCAGAACCUGCGUAUCCCUCCUCGUUCGCUCAUAUAGUAGAACUCAUUACGACCGGGAAACCCAUACCUGGAAUUCAGCAGAUACCAGACACUAUACUCGCUGGCCAAGACACUCCAAGUGCCAGGUCAAGGAGACGGAAGCCGUGGGAGCUGGAA